AUGAAAUGGCUUUUGCUCAGCUUGGCAGGUGUGAUGAGCAUCUUGAUGUGUUGGAUGGUCUUGAUUUCAAUUCGUUGGGCUCCGAGAAGGUCUUCUCCUCAAAUUGUGCAGUAUAAACCGUAUUCUCUGGUGAAGUGUCCUGUGGUUAUUUCUGAAACGGAAAGAAGAGAAUAUGUGGAGUCAUCAAGUAAGGAGAUUCCAAAGAUCAUUUAUCAGUCCUAUAUUCCCAAUUCGGAAGAGGAAUUAUCGGACUCAAUGAAACAAGCAAUGAAUUCAUUCAAAGUUCUGAAUCCUGAUUAUUCUCAUAAAUAUUUCGGAGAUGAUGCUGCUUUGCAAAUUCUAAUUGACAAUUUUGGAAAUGAUUCAGAUGAAGUGUUUGCAUUCAGAAAUUUAAUUCCAGGAGCUUUCAAAAUUGAUUUUUGGAGAUAUGCCAUGUUGUGGUUAUUUGGAGGAUUUUAUGCUGAUGCAGACAUGAUGUUAUUGGAACCAUUUGAGAAAUGGAUUUCACCAAACUCAACUUUUGUCAUUCCUUUGGAAAAGAUUGGUUUUGGAUUUCACAAUGGUUUCAUUGGAAGUGUUCCAAAACAUCCAAUUUUACGAAUUGCCAUGGACAUGGUUAUUUACAACGUCAAAACAAAAUUCUUGCCUAGAGUGCCGAACAAGAUAAUUCCUGCAGUUCAUGCUGACCUUGCUGUGAGUGGACCCAUUUUACUUGGAAAAGUAAUGAACAGGUACAUCAACGAGCCGGAUGAAGUGAAGCACAAUAUUCCCUUACUUCGUUCGAAGAACGUCCAGGUCAUUGGAUUUUGUGCCAAUAACAAGAACGACGAUGACACCUACUAUACCGUAUCACUGUCUCAAGAAUGUACUGGCACAAAACUAGCCAAAGUGAAGUUCGAGCAAUUUCAAAAAGAGCAUGCCACAAAAACAGAAUCGUAUACCAAACUGUUCCAAGAGAGGAAGGUGUUCUUGUAA